GUGGCUUGAUUCUCGUCGCUGCCUACUUUGAGGUCGGGCUCUGGGCGACCACGAACACCAGCAGGCUCUACGACGUCGCGCUGGCGCUUCGUGGGUGGAAUCGUCCCUUUGCCCUGGCGGCCGACGUCAACUGCGACCCUUCGGACCUGGACGGCAUCGGUUUCCUGAGCUGCAUUCCUGCUCGCACGGUUGCUCGUUCGCGCGCUUGCGAUCCUGGGGCAGGAACGUGUCGCAGUGCCCAGGGGAACUACUCUAACAUUGACUACUGGCUGGUCAGCCUCUCGCUGGCGGGCUCGUUCUCGGCCCCGCGGCCUGUCCCUGGCUGGCCCGCUGCACCGCGCUACCCCAUGAUGACGUCCCUGGCGGCAAACGCCAAGGCCGCGAAGUUCGCGGUCGUCGCUGGGCCACGCGCUUUCCCUCGCCAUGCCCCUCCCGACGACGCUGCGGUGGUGCGCGACACGGGUGAUGUGCGCCUCAUCGAGUCUGAUGUGGAGCUGGGCGGUGAUGCCACCCCAGCGGCAGCUCAGUUUCGGUCCGAUGGUCUAUACACCGCCUUCAUGGAGUCGGCGGAGCACGAGCUGAUCUACACCUACGGCCUGGAGCAGGGGGCCCCCCUGCUGGUCCGCACCCCGCGGCACCACCUGAUGGGCGUCGAGCUCGCCGGCUGGCCCAAGCUUUCGCUGACUGUCUACGUGCUGCUCAGGAGGGAGGCUGGUGACGUCGGCGCAGGGCCGCAGGAAACCCUCGAGCCGCUGCCGGCUGCUUCGAUGUCCGAGAGCGCUGGUUGGCACCCGAGGUUGCCGACCGUGCCCAG